AUGAGAGUUUCAAUGUUCGACCGGUUAUGGUUCUUCGGAAAAAAUAGUGGAAUCCACGGCUUGAAUCGGUUAUUUCAUGAUCAAAAUAAUACUUUUGCGAGCGCCGAGGAGCUAUUGACGAAUUAUUUAGACGCAAAACUGAAAUAUGGACUAAAAACGUUAGCUGUAAGCCGUUUCGAGUUGCUAUUCUCUAUGGUGGAAACAGAAAAUGAUUCUCUGUUAAAAUACGAAUAUUUUGAAGAGAGAGGAUGCAGAUAUUCGAAUGAAAUACCCGAUGGACGACUUCACGUAUACUCGGUUUAUUCUUAUGGAGCUUGUCAGUUGGCGUACUAUACUGAGGAAUUAUUUGAACGCUGCGGAUGUGUCCAUCCAGUGAGAGAUAAAUCAUAUUCGAAUCUGUAUUGCAACUAUACUGGACUGAACUGCUUGUCUAUUUAUGAAGCUGAAAACAAUUUGAAUUCGCGGAAAUACAAAUUGUAUCAGUGCGCGCCGUCGUGUGUUGAAAGCGAAAUCAAUGUAAUCCAUCAAUCAGGGUAA